AUGAAAACGCCCAGUACAUCACUCAGUACGAGCGAGACCUCUACCCUCCCCCCGCUUUCGCACAAUCCCUACGGAAACUUGCCGGUCAAACCGCAGCCGUUUACUCGUCGUCUCCCUCAACCCACUCCAGCGGACAAGCUCGAGCCUCCGCCUUUGCUACAGGAGGCGAAGUCCCGCAGUCGCAGCAAGUCUCGCCAUCGUGACGAGCCUUCAGCUACGGAAGGUCGAUCCAAGUCACGCUCGCGAGACGGACGACAUGACCAGUCUGGUGGUCAUCGCUCCAGGUCGCGGUCCAAGGCAGACCCAAGCCGCAACCGUGAUCCCAGUGCCUUUGAGGCGCCUCCUCCGAUGCCUAGCCUCCCUCCGAUUUACAAACCUCAACCAUCACAAUCCUAUGCGUCAUCUAAUGUUUCAAACGCGACGUACUAUGGAAACGAAGGAGGCUACAAAACCGUUGCGUCAAGCAAUGCGUAUUACUCCCCAGCAGGCUAUCCGGAUGUAAAGAAUGGACCGCAUGAUCCAGAGGCCACCGACACCCCCAUUGUGGGCGGUCUCAAGCACUACCGAGAGCUUUUGGAGCGGGAAGAGCGGGAGCGUUGGGAAUCCGAAAAACAACGGAAGCGAUCUAAACGCCGUUCGCGGUCUGUUGGCGAUUUCGCCAACUAUCGGACGGGCGACGAGCUUUGCGCUGAACCCGUCAUCAUGACGCAGUCUCCAUACCAAGAGCCACAAACUCGGACAUCAAGCAAAACCAAAACCCACAAAAGACACGUCGAGGCAGCCCCAGAAUCUCGAACCAGUCAACGUAGCCGUCGUGACCUGGCGGCCCCUCAGCCUCUCCAGCUUGAGAAGAGCAAUGGGAAGACUGAGAUCAAGAACACGUUCUCCAAAACUCUCGACGAAAACACUCUUGGCCUUUCCGCCCACAACCAGGACCAGCAUUUUCACCAGCGUGAGGCCAAAGUCUCUGCUGCCAACGCCCAGCCGUUGCCUUACGGCCAAUAUUACGUUUCCGCCACGGACCCCCACUCCAACCUAUAUGCUCAGCAAAACCCCUAUGCAAACCCGAUAUAUAACCCAAUGAUGGCCGCCAGCUCGGCAUCAUUGUACUAUGCCCAGCCGCGCUAUUAUGGCGAAAAUGCGCCGCCUAUGCCGCAGGUUCCAGUCGAGUAUCGUCAGAAGCGGCGGGGCUUCUUCAAGCGUCUUGUUGACAAAGCCUUCUGA